AUGGAGGCCCUGGAGCCAUCGUCUGCAGACCCGCUGCCGCCAGCGUCUGGUCUCAGCGCUGCGCCCCCAGUCCCAGUCCCAGUUCCUUUACCAUCGCCUCCUCCAGCUGCAGCUGCGACUGCAACCACUGUCAAGGAUCCGACGUCGACCAAAACAAUCGAUCAGCAAAGGUCUCGCUCUCGCUCCGGCUCAGGCCUUGUAACAGCACUCAAGAAAAAGGAAAACACCAGCCCCAACUUCUCGACGCCCGGUAAGUGGCCUUCUGUAAGGUCCACUACCACUGUCGCGCGCAUGCCCACGAGUAACACCGUCGCGAAACCCCUGGUUCCUCUGUCGGAGCGAAGAAUUCACCAAAAGAAGCAUACCACUCGGAGUCUCAAGGACUCAGAUUCCAGCGCUGACAACCAGGGCAGCAUUUCCCGAUGGGAAAUUACCCCGGAUGGCGGAUCGGCAGGUCGAGAGGGACGACAGUUCACAGUUGCCAACGUUGGGAACAAUGGCCGGAUAUAUUUGAGGCCGACCGUUCGCCCUGCGUAUCAGCGAUGUCCUCAGCCUCAAUUCGUCUUCCCAAUCACACCACCCAGCACUGCAGGCUUGGAUGCAAUCCCUCAAAACAAACAGUCUCAAGACGAGACCAGCGAGCUUCACGUCAGCCAGUGGACCCCGACCGAGCCCUCGCCUUAUGACACCAACCAUCGAACGUACUUCGAGCACGAUUCCUAUCCGCUCCGACCUGUAAGGCACCGACGCGCCCUCUCCGAUAGCACGGUUCACGAAGUAACCGCUGCGAAGGACUCGGAGCCGGGCGCCUUUAAGAUCGUUAUUUCCAAGCCGUUGGAGGAAUAUCGGCCACGGACUAUGGAGGAUUUUGAUUCCAACUCUGAUCCUCUUCUCGACAUUUCGAUCCCCUCCUGGCGUAUUGGUAUCCCACGAUUUACCGGAAGAGGCACACCAAUGAUUCGCGGUUCUUCCUACGCUCCCACAGAGGAGUUUCGCUCCAGUAGCGCCUCGCUACUGAGCCGGCCUCAGGGUGUGCUCAAUAGCUCUCAUCCUGAUAUCGCAUCUCCGAGACGACCGAGUUCCAUGGCUGUCCCGAUGCUUCGACUUUCAAGAAAUUUGUCGGCCUUGACUCAGACUCCGUCAAGUGCGCAGUUCUCCAAAACCACCCGCCCCAGUUACCGAUCCAGUUCAAAGAUCGAACCAGCCAUGUUCGACGAUCUCACUUUCAAACCCGCUUGCGAUGAUAGAACACUCGUCAAAUAUUCUACGGUGACUGGUGCCGUCAUAGCUGCUACGCCUCCGCGCCUUGUCGCUGAAAUCACAUCUCCCAGCUUCCUGGACUACGAACUCAUCUCCGACUUCUUCCUCACCUUCCGGGCGUUUCUCGAGCCCGUGGAUCUUCUUCGUAUGCUCAUAGCGAGAUUACGGUGGGCUUUGGCUCGGGAUGAUGAAACAGGCAUGGUAGUUCGCGUUCGCACAUUUGUCGCUCUUCGACAUUGGAUUCUCAACUACUUUAUGGAUGAUUUCGUUAUGGAUUACAACCUCCGACUCACUUUCUGUGAGCUACUCAACGACUUUGUGGAUGAACUUUCCCAGUGUAAACGAUCGCGAAAGGUUCAACUGAAGAUUCUCGGAGAGCUGAAAAAAUGUUGGCGAAGAGUUUGCGCACUUUAUUGGGAUGGCCCGGACUUUGACGACACCCUCGACUCUAGUGUACCGAUCACCCCUGGCGGUAUUGUAGGCCACCGAGAUCCCAGUCUAGACCCGUCAUUCUGGGAGCAGGAUGGAGCCGAAACACCAAGGAUACAAAGCUUGUUACCACUCCGGAGGAGCCCUGCCGAGCGGACUAGUUUCAUCGCCGAUAUUUCUCGAGCUGGUCAUGUUGGAGAUACCGUCCUAGUAGAGCCUCGACCGAGCACACCACAAAAACAAGCCACAAGAGAUUCUAUGGAGCAACAAGCAUCACCAAUUAGCAUGACAAGCAUGGAUAUCGUUUCCUGCUCCUUUCCUAGUAAGGUCAAGCCUACAGUCCAGCCUACAGCCCAACCUCAUCAGACGAAUCCUCUGGCUGCCCAUCCUGUGGCAACAACUUCACAACCCCAUUCGGGCCCCGUAGCAACAACUCCUCGCGCGCUCGUAGGCAAGCGGGUGCGACCCCAGGCUGCUCAUAAGCGCAACAACAGCUUGACUGAUUCCUUACGAGAGCAUAGCACGGACAAGUUGUCGUUCAAGGAUCAGGAGUUCAUGAUGACUGCCCCCUACGCGGGUAGCCUUGUUCGCGGAAACCUGCUACCUCCAGGCCAAGCGUAUGUCGACAUUGAACCGGACGAGUUCUCUAAUACCUUAAUCCGAACUGUCAGCACCAACCACGAGAACCAAAGUCUCAUCAAAGGGAGAACGCCUGCAGGUGCUAUGUCCGGUCACGGAAUGAAGAAACUUUUGGGCAGUGUGCGAAGAGCUUUGAGUACCAGGGGCCAAGGGAUGUCGUCCACUCAAGGCAGCUUUGUUAGCAUCAACAAUAUGGGCCCUCGAGGCGCUACAACUAACCGUAUCCCUGGAACAGCUGUCGUACCUCAGAACCGCCAAAGACCAAACGGCUCCAGACCACCUCUGAGAAUUGAUUUGCUUGGUGCGGAAGUCGUUGAGGAUUUCAAGAAGGCGGUACGGGAUGAGGCCGCCGCCGAGGCCGAUCGUCGUGGACUACCACCGCCGAUGUCUCCCAACCCCUCUUUGACACCCACCGGUGAAUUCCACUACUCUGCUGCUCAUAUGGACUCACACUCCUACGAGCACCUGCCCCACGACCAAAGGCAGCGGCCUGUUAGUGACAUGGCAAUUACCACAGGCAGCAAAUCUAUUGUUAUCGUGGACGACACGACGCCCUUUGACCCAUCUCUUCUGCAUAGGAUUCCUACUAGCAAUGCUUCUGUUGAAGCUUUUGCUGAUGCCUUCAAGCUAACAGGUGCUGACCCCACGCCCCCGUCUACGCCUCCCGCCGCUUAUGGCACAGGAACACCUAGGCGCUCUUCAUACCUGCUUAACCAACACGUCGUCCGCCCGUCGUUGGAUGAGGAUCCCCUGCCUCCAUUUGUUCCCGAUUUUGAAACUCUCGCCCCUGUUACCAGUGCUCCUAUCUCAGAAGAUGGCAACCGUGUGUCGUACUCGACAGCAGCCCGCAGCACGCGCAACCAUCCUCCCGUGUCCUUCCAGAAUCACCGACGCUUGAAGUCGGGCAGAACACAUCGGUCAUUGAAUUCAAUUCUACGUCGCCAAAGUUCCGGCACCAACGCCCUUGUUCGUCGAUCUACUGUCCAGAGCUUCGACGCUACAACAGUGUCUGCGGGAUCGAUCGCUGAACCCGAAGAACCCGAAGAGCCUAUGCCACAGCCCCUACGAAUUCUACGAAGACGCCCAGGAGGAGACCUUCGAGCCGCUACGAAUGUUGGAGAGUUGGAUCCCGUCAACACACUCAGGAGAUCACAGUCCGUUGGCUCACUCACAACAUAUUCAGAGUCAAUACGCAGCUCUUUUGUUCAAAGCCCGCGCAUGAAUUCGUUUGGUCACGGUUCUUUCGGUCGAGGUUCCUACAGUCGUGGCUCUUAUGGCAACGGCGAAGUUGUUUCGAUUGACUACACGCAGCCUAAGAGCGAAGCUUUCUCGGUCGGACAACUUGCAGAUAAGCCGAGACGAGAUCUUUCCCUGUUCAGCACUCAUUCAUCCAAACCGGUAAUGCGCCCUUCUUUUGAAAAAGAGGCACAAAAACUGGCUCAGAUUCCUGAUGAUGACGACGACGGUGGUAUCGAAUCUGCACUAGCCAAAUUGGAGGGAAAGCUCCCUACGAGGAGAGCCUACAAAUCAGCUGUAGGUCUUCCAAUGGGCCGGGCAGUCAGCGAUAGCGUCGCCGCACAUAUCUUAGAUGCCGAACACAGGAAGGAGCACCAUGAGCAGCAAGUUGUUAGGGAAACAUUUAUGUUGGAUCCUGAGGACAGCGAGCCUGAAUCUAUCAUAGAGUCGCAAAGCCAGCAUCUCACAACCCAACGACCUGUUACUGAAGCAAGGUCGUUCUUAACUGGCUCUUCUCACGAGUCGUACUGUUCUGUACCAAUUCUCGAGCGGGACUCAGUCAAGGCUCGCCCAUGGACCAACAUGUCUAUCUUGGAGGGUCCCGACGAAGAGAACACACCUCGUCCGCAGAAAACCCUCCUAUACACUAACGACGAGGGCGACUCCCAGCACGCCUCUUACGACUUUGUAGAGAAGACACAGAGUAUUGAAGGGAUUAAGCCAGGUGACACAGCUCCAUCGGUUGAAGAAGACCAGUCAUUCCUCGACGACGACAGCGACCUCUCCUCUGAAAUGUCUGCCGAUGCUCUUGACUAUGAAGAGUCUGAGUUUGGUGAGAGUCUGGUCCCACGAGUGAAGCUUCCAGCUCAUCCUCUUGGAUCUCCCGCGCCGGCUCCUAAUCGCAAACCUCCCUCGCCCCCUAUGACACUGGUGCAAGCCUUGGAGAUGUCUCCCACUCACUGUGUUCAUGUUCCUUCGCUACAUGAAGAACAGGUCUGGGGACAAAAGCCACUACCUCCAACUCCCGAGACAACACCAACGGCCCCUUAUGCUCUACAAACAGACCAGUCGACAGUCGAUGGAUACCGCCAAGCUGCUAAGCCAGAGUCUAUUGAAAGCAACAAGUACUCGGCUCAUUUGCCGUUUAUUCUGGCAUUUGACUCGGAGAUUCUUGCACAACAGUUUACUCUCAUUGAGAAGGAUGCACUGAAUGAGAUUGACUGGAAGGAGCUUAUCGAUAUGAACUGGAAAGAUGCUGCUCACAGUGAUUCUCGCUCGUGGGUCGACUUCCUCCGUAACUCCGAUGCCCAUGGCGUUGAGGUUGUUAUCGCGCGCUUCAACAUUAUGGUCAAAUGGGCCAUCUCUGAGAUUGUCCUGACACAAGGCCUCGAAGAAAGAGUGCGGUGCAUUACCAAGUACAUUCACAUCGCAAACCACUGCCGCCGCUACCGCAACUUUGCCACUCUUGGUCAACUCACCAUCGCUCUAUCCAGUAACGAGGUUGCCCGUCUUACCAAAACUUGGCAACAUGUCGCUCCCCGGGAUUUGGAGACACUGCAAGAUCUCGAGAAGUUGGUAACUCCCAUGCGCAAUUUCUACAGCCUCCGUGCUGAAAUGGAGACCGGCUCAGAUCAGGGCUGCAUUCCCUUCGUUGGCAUCUACACCCACGACCUUCUUUACAACGCGCAACGUCCAUCUGAAAUGGCUGGUUCGCCUACCACACCUCCUUUGGUCAACUUUGAGCGAUGCCGCAUCGCCGCUUCUGUGGUCAAGACAUUGCUUAGAUUGUUGGAAGCCAGUACUCGAUACAGGUUCCAACCUAUCGAGGGCAUCACAGAGCGCUGUCUCUGGAUGAGUGCUUUGAGUGAUGAAGAAAUUCGACGUCACUCGGAGAUGCUUGAAUAA